AUGAAGGGCGCCAUCAUUCUCGCCGCUGCUGGCCUUGUUGCCGCUCAGCUCCCUGACAUCUCCAAUGUCCCCCAGUGCGCUAUUACUUGCCUGCUCCCUGCCCUGAGCAGCACCGGCUGCGACCUCACCGACCUCACAUGCGCCUGCAAGUCGGAGAACCAGGAAAAGAUCCGCUCCUCGGCCACUCCCUGCCUUGAGAAGGGCUGCUCCAAGGAUGACCUCCAGAAGGCCCUCGACGCUGCCAACUCGCUCUGCGGCGGCGGUGUCUCCGGCAUCCCCUCUGGCUCUGCCACUUCCACCGGUGCUGCCUCGACCGGCUCCCAGUCUGCCUCGUCUGGCUCCGCCUCCGGGUCUUCCCCUGCCGUCAUUACCAGCAGUGCUACUCCCACCUCUGGCGCCGGCGGUAUCGUCCCCCCUGUCACAUCUGCUGUCUCCUCCGGCUUCAGCACCGCCCUUCCCGGCAACGGCACCGCCACCACCCGCACUUCCACCCGCAGCGCCUCUGGCUCAAGCAGCGCCACCAGCUCUGGCUCCCAGACCUCCAGCACCGGCGCCCCUGGCACCAACGACGCUGCCGGCCCCGUCGCCGGCGUCAUCGCCGCUAUUGCUGCUGCCGUCUUUGCUCUCUUGAUAGGGCUUGUCUUUGGCAUGCUGAGCCGCGCCCGAACCGUCUUGCAAGUUGCAAUUGGCUAUCAUCUGGUGGCUGAAGACUCGAGCGACACGAAGCUCCAAAAAAGGGUGUUUCAGUGGUCCAUUUCGGAAACCCGACGACGAGACCUUAUCCAGCAAUAUGUCAAGAUCCGAUGGCGAGGCCUUUGGGGCCGUGUCCAGCGACAUACCGACCGACCACUAUCGGCACCUGCGACGACUUCCGCCGAACCCUUGCAUCGACGUAUUCGCAAAGAAAUAUUGAAAGAAAUACCUGCUUUCGAUUCACCUUCUCGUAUUGUGUCGGUAGGCGACAGCCUCGACGUUGUGCAAGCAUCUACACAACAAUAUCUCACAACCAACACAGCCCACACUGCAACGAACAGCAGAGCCAGCCGCAGCCAGCGCCGACUACCUCUUCCGACUCCCAAAUACAUGGCGGCCGACCUCAGCGACGUGCACAUGGCGUCGCCGCCCACGCUGCCCGAGCAAAACGAGCCGCGCUGGGGCGGCUACUCGCGAUUCGAAAUCGAACUCGAGUUUGUCCAGUCGCUCGCGAACCCGUUCUACCUCAACCACCUCGCGUCGCAGAAGCUCCUGACCCAGCCAGCGUUUGUCGCCUACCUCGCCUACCUGCGGUACUGGAGCCGCCCACCGUACCUCAAAUACCUGACGUACCCGGGCCCGACGUUGCGCCACCUCGAACUGCUGCAGCAGGAGCGCUUCCGGCAGGAUAUCAUGAGCCCGGAUCUGGUGGCACGGCUGGUGGAGGAGGGCAUGCGCAGCGCGGUGCAGUGGCACAGGGAGGGGGCGGCCUGA